UGGCCAACAUCUGUCGUUUGGGCAAGCCUGUUCCAUGGAUGUGAGGGUUGUUCAAGACCGUUUUUGAAGAUGAGGUGUUUCAUCCCCGACCAACCUUUUCUAUCGACCUUCUCGGGCUCCAAGGCCACUGCGCAUUGAAUCCAUCCCGCCUGUGGGGCCAAUUCAGAAUGGCGCCGAAUAAAAAACGCCUUACUCGUCCUCGCCGAGGUCCCGCCCUCAGGACAUCUCAUCCCACUAAAUCUGAACCUGUUCCAGACCCAGAUGUCCCCUCGACGUCCAUGGCCUGUGGGACGGGGGAAGCCACGCCUCACCCCGUGAAUGGCCAGUCGGAUGAUGAUCUCGAGAUCACAUUCAAACCGCCCAGUCAUCCCCGAUUGUGCGGCUACACUCUUGCCAAGAAGGAUCCACCGGAGAAAAGCGGGCCCGUGUUGCCCCGGAAGUCGCCCAAUGGAUUCAUCUUGCCCGAUCCGUUGCCCCAAGGACACAUUCUGGUGGAUAAUCGGAAAGGGACGUGGAAGUUGGGUGAAUCGAUUGGCUUGGGCGGGUUUGGCGAGAUAUAUGCUGCCACCCGCCAAUCGAACGGCGCCUCAUCUUGGCCGGGUGGUGAACCUGGUGAGGGUCAGAGAGACGAAUUUGUCAUCAAGGUCGAACCCCAUUCCAAUGGACCGUUGUUCGUCGAAAUCGCCUUUUAUCUCCGGGCCGCUCGAACCCACCAAAUGUUGCAGUUCCAAAAGAAUAAAGGAUGGGAGCGAUUGGGAUUGCCGCAUUUCGUCGCUUCAGGUUCGUUGGUAUUCAAUGGCAAGCGGCUUCGAUUUUUGGUCUUGCCUCGAUAUGGCAUGGACCUCCAAUCCAUCAUAGAUUCGUCCUCGGGCUACUCGUUCUCGCCCAAGACCGCUUGCUCCAUGGGCCUGCAAGUUCUCGAUGCCUUGGAAUAUAUUCAUGCUUGUGGUUAUGUCCACAAAGAUAUUAAGGGAUCUAAUCUGCUACUGGGUCGCGGAAGGAUGCGGAGCAAGUUGUUCUUGGUCGAUUUCGGUCUGUGCUCAAGGUACAUUCAAAAUGGCGUGCACAAGCCGUGCAUUCCGGAUCGGCGUUGGGCUCAUGAGGGCACCUUGGAGUACACUAGCCGCGAUUGUCAUUUGGGUUGCUUUUCUCGUCGGGGUGAUAUCGAGGUCCUUUUCUAUAAUCUCAUCGAAUGGCUGGGGGGCCGAUUACCGUGGGAUAAUCUGGGUGAUGUCCACCCUGCGGUCAUUCAAGGGAAGAAAAUCGAUGCAUUUAAAGACCAUGCUCAAUUACUAGCCAGCUGCUUCCCCAACCGAGAGGAGGGAUGUCUGACCAUGCUUCGGCUCUUAAUGAAGGCCAUUCACGACCUGGCUUUCCAGGAAGAGCCCGACUAUUCCAACCUGAGAAGUCUGCUGAAGAAAGAGAUGUCACGGAAUAGUAACCAACUAGACGAGGUCACGCUCAACAUUGAGUUAAAGGCAACGCCCAAGAUUCUGCCAGGUGAAUUAAUCGUUGGCAAAGAAAAUCGCCAUCCCGUGAUAAUGGAGGCUCCAAGAACGAGGAAUGGGUCAGUUGAGAAGGAGGGUCAGAAAAAACGUAAAGUUGUCAGUUCAGGAGAUGACGAACCUCCGCCCAAGAAGUCUCGACAUGUGUCUGAAUCCACCUACGAGGAGUUAAAAGAGCAAGCUAUCCAACGCCAGUGUGAAUCAUCCCUUCAAAAUCCGACCCCAGCCAUGCUCGAACGAAUAGAAAUCAUUCGGAAACGAGGACCUCUGAGUGGGACUCCUCGACUAACUAGACAACAGAAGCUGCAGAGGUGGAAAAGUGUCACUCCCUCUCCUUCUACUCCGGAAAUGCUCGCUGUAAUGGCCCGUCGAGAGCGAUCGUCGAGGAAAUCCGAUUUAGCCAAACGUACCCCUGUAUCUCGGAGAUCCCAUUCCUCUCGAUCAAGUACGAGGAGUACGAGGAGCACAAGUAGCAGUCGGAGCAGAGUAACCAACUCGACAAAUGGAGGCACGCCCAAGAAAGCUCAGGUGACACCAAGGAGGAAGUUGGAUUUUAAAAAUGGGGGAAUUGGACAUCGGAACUCUCUAGCGGCCAAAAAGAAGCUCCCAACUCGAAUUCCUACUCGCAGAAUUCCUCGAAGUUCGACCAUGCCCAAUAUUCAUGCCCUUGGAGAUGACUCCCCAUCGUCCUCGACUGUCAAAACCAUUCGCAAUCAAGUCAGUCAGGCUAUGGAGGCUGGCUUGGGAAACAUAUCCGGAUUCUUUGCGGGAAUGUCCAGAACCUUAUUUCCAUUCAAGAAGAAGCAUUGAGGUUGAUUACUAGCAUUUUCGAAGGUGGUCAUUUGCUAGGGGUGUUUUACUGGGUUGUAUUUUCAAAUUGGCGGGUUCGAAAUUUCAGAAUUCCGCCAAAAGCCCCAUUCAUUCGUUUUUUUGAGUUCUCGGUGUUAAGAAAGCCACUCACCUUGGUCAUGCGAUUUUUCGAAAUAGUACUCUGUUAUAAUUCAAGCACAAAAUUUCAUUCAGAUAUUCAACCUGGGCCGUUAGGUUCAUUGUAAGUGUUGAUAUAUGCCAUUCGGCUUGUCAAAAUCUCUCCAGAGAGCCAUCCACUUUCUUUGGGUUCAUGCCGCCGGAAGGAUCUAUCUGUCUUUGCGCAGAGGUUGGUGAAAAAUUGCCCAACAAAUAGACGUCACAUCAAAGAAUUCAGUGUCCAUUCAGUAAUAUUGACCAGGAAUUGAAACCAUUCACCCGCACUAGAGUUUGUGAUUAUCAAUCAAUUUCCAUUGGAAAAUUGGAAAAAUAUACCAACACGAGAAAUAA